AAAUAGACAAAAUUACACGUGUUAAGUGACUAGUCUAUGUAACCGACCAAUUUUAAUUUUUUUUAAAAAUAAAGUGGCACUUAAAUUCUAGAGACUUUUCAGUCUACUGUUUAGUGAUAGAAAAUCUUUUUAACUUUGCAAUCAAAUCCGACAUGAGCAGUAGCAUGCUUAACUUGUAAGAGAGAGAGAGAGCAAUUCCACAUUCUGAGUGAUUCAGGACGCAGAGAGCCCUAAAAAGGAGAACUUGAAGGCAAGGCCAAGGCAGAGUCAAUCAGCUACUGUUACAAGGAGCAGGAUUGAGUUGAGACAAUAUUUUAUAGUAUUUGAGAUGGAGGAAGUGAUAGGACCCAGAUUGUACUGUUGCUCUAAUUGUAGAAACCAUGUUGCCCUUCACGAUGAUGUGAUUUCAAAGGCCUUCCAGGGAAAAAGUGGACGAGCUUUUCUGUUUUCUCAUGCAAUGAACGUUACUGUAGGACCAAAAGAAGACAGAGAACUAAUGACGGGUCUCCACACUGUUGCUGAUGUCUACUGUUCUGACUGCCAUGAGGUGCUUGGCUGGAAGUAUGAGAGAGCCUACGAGGAAUCACAGAAGUACAAGGAAGGCAAAUAUGUACUUGAGAAGGCUAAAAUUGCCAGGGAAAAUUGGUAGUGCUUCUUAUUGUGUGUUGCUGCAUAGCAUGUAUUCUAUUAUUCUACAUGUUCAUUUCACCAUUCUACAACGGUGUAUUCAUAUUCUGGUUAUUUGCUAUGUAUUCUCUUAUCAAUUUCUGUGUGGAUA